CGCACACGUCGCACUAUCAACUGGAUCCAUCUAAGAAAACAACUCCGGGGAAGUCAGUCUGAGCUGCAUAGACACUGAAGGUAACUUGGUCGCUGCUGCUGGAAUAAGGACCCGGACGCAGGCAGCUGGCCGUCAUGGCCCGCCAUGGAUCCGGACACCCCAGCGUCCUGACGGUUCUGACACCGCGGAGGUGGAGAGGUGGACGCUACCAACAGCCCGCUUUCCUCGCUCCUCUCCCGGUGCGGAGUUGGUGAAGCGCAGCUCCCGUUUCCACCCGAAGGCAGAAGAAGUCGCACACGCAGAGAGAGCCGUCUGGACUUUCUUUAUUCUUUUUUUUUUUUUUUUUUUUUUUUUGACUUGAGGGAAUUAUAAUGCUGAGGCUCGAGGUGGCGAUCGGAGCCGACGCGGUGCCAAACGGACCUUUACGCAUGAUCACACAGUAGGACCGCAUGAAGGACAGACGCUGGAACCAGGCGCAAAAGUUGAACAUGGUGGAGGGGGGUUGCCAUGAAGAAAGGCUCGGUUAAGGUCUGUGGCUCCAAAUGUCACCCUCCCUGGAUGAUGCCGUGGUUGAGGACCACCAGUGUGUAACAGACAGACAAGCAGUGCCCGCAGUGGCUCUCUACCGUGUGGCUUCAAAUUGGCACUGGCUGAGCUCUGCAUGGAGCGACGAGUAAAGAGCCCUGCACCGGUCUUAUAUCUCAGCAUGGAUGAAGUCAGUCAGUGGACUGGUCACCAUUAAUGAGACCAUCACUUUGCUGCUGAGGACUGACAUUUACAGGAUUACGCCUGACCUACAUCAUUACCAAACCGGUGGACUGCAAUUGGUUUUGGUUUUAUGCGGAUAUAUGACAUUGCUUUUUAAAUUUCCAUUUUCCGUUGCAUUUAUUUUUCACUUUUGGUGGCCAGUUUCCUGAUUUAUUUUUCCACUAUGGAGUGUCUGGCUGGACCCUGGAAUAAGGAUUGGACUUCCUUUUGCCAACUAUGGUUGACCGUUAUUCUCAGCCUACAGUUGCAGUUCCGACCGGGAGCCUCGUGCCCAACUGAGUGUCGUUGCGACAAAGAGUUUGUGUACUGCAACGAACGCAGCCUGACGUCAGUGCCUCUGGGAAUACAGGACGGCUUUAAGGUCCUCUACCUACACAACAACCAGAUCAACAAUGCUGGCUUCCCUGUUGAACUUCAUAACCUGGCUUCCGUGGAGACGGUGUACCUCUACGGCAACCAGCUGGAUGAGUUUCCUAUUAAUCUGCCCAAGAAUACCAGGGUACUGCACCUGCAGGAGAACAAUAUACAAACCAUCUCCAGGGCUGCUCUCGCCCAGUUAAGUCGGUUAGAGGAGCUGCACCUCGACGAUAACUCCAUCUCCACAGUGGGAGUGGAAGAGGGCGCCUUUAGGGAGGCGGUGAGCCUCAAACUCCUCUUCCUCACUAAGAAUCACCUAAGCAGCGUUCCCAUUGGCCUUCCAGAGGACCUGAAAGAGCUGCGAUUGGAUGAGAAUCGCAUCGCCAUUAUAGCGGAGGAGGCCUUUCAGAAUGUGACACGCCUGACGCGCCUUUUGCUGGAUGGAAACCUGUUAACAGAUGAGGGGAUUGCGCCAGGGACCUUCCAGGACCUGGCCACCCUGCGUGAGCUGGCGCUGGCCCGCAACUCCCUCACCUUCCCCCCUCCUCUGCUGCCCAGUCAGUCACUGGUCAAACUCAGCCUGCAGGAGAACCAGAUAGACCAGAUCCCUGUGGCAGCUUUCGCUGGACUAAACAGGCUCGAAAGACUAGACAUAUCCAGCAAUCAGCUUCAGACUCUCACGCAGGGUGUGUUUGACAGCCUGUCAAGCUUAAGGCAUCUUAUGGUGCGAAAUAACCCGUGGCGCUGUGACUGUGCUGUGAAAUGGGUGGUGGUCUGGCUCAAGUCACUGCCUUCUUCUAUCAAUGCUCGGGGAUUUGUAUGCCAGAGUCCGGAGAAGGUGCGUGGCAUGGCAAUCAGAGAGCUGACACUUGAUAAUAUCGAAUGCCCAGUCGAUGCCGACCUGCCCUUCUGGCCCACCUUACGCUCAACGCCUCCACCCCCUCCGACGACUCCCCCGACCACAAUUUCACCCCGAAUCGCGACACAAAUCCCUUACUACUUUGAGUCACAGUCGCCUCCUUUACCUCCCAUCCAUCCCAACCCUCCCGGUCCAUUGCCUCCUUACGAGGACCCACUUCAGAUAUCCUUUCAUGUGGUCAACUCAUCCUGCAUCGAGGUCAGAUGGGCGUCCUACUUCACCGUAACAGCCUAUAAGGUCACUUGGGUCAAAAGGGGCCAAAGCCAAAUAAACGAAGGAAUGCGGGAACGGACUGUGGCGGGAAGUCAGCGGCAGAUCACGCUGACCAACCUGGAGCCCCGUUCUGUCUACAGGAUCUGUGUCCAUGUGCUGGAUACUCGGAACUCCUACAGGCCCGGGGAGGAUACUAUCUGCUCUGAGGCGAGGACCAAACCAGCCUCGCCGACCAAGUCCCCUGGCUCAGCACAGGCUCCACAGGAGAACAUCAACUCCACGCUGCUUAUGGCCGGCAUCAUCGGCGGGGCAGUGCUGAUCAUCCUAAUAACACUACUAAGCCUUUUCUGCUGGCACAUGCACAGGAAGAGCCGUUCAUCUUCCACCAAAUGGAAAUACAACCGCGGCAGAAGGAAAGACGACUACUGCGAGGCUGGAACCAAGAAGGAUAACUCCAUCCUGGAGAUGACUGAAACCAGUUUCCAGAUAGUGGCACUGAACAAUGAGCAGCUGCUGAAGGGAGAUUUCCGCAUUCAGCCCAUCUACACUCCCAAUGGGGGGAUCGGAUUUAGAGACUGUCACCUCAGUAACAACAGCAUAGCCUACUGCAAGAGCAGCAAUGUGCCCAGUACAGAGUUCUGCCACACGUGAUGCAGCACCAAACAGUAUGACAGCACUCACGCAAAACAAUACACCCAUUAAUGACACAUUAUUUGUUUGUGUAGACAACGAAAACAUUUAAAUUCUAGUAAAAUAUAUCUGUAUUAUAUAUAUUUCCAAGUUCUGUCUGCUAUGUAAUUUAUACUGUGGAUAAUAAUGUGGGAUUCUCUGAGACCUUUUUUUAUCUUAGAAGCAUUUUGGUUUUGUUUUUUUUUUUAUAACCAGCAGGGUUUUAAAAGACUUCUUUCUUUCGAUGGUCAGUACUGUACAUGAACAUGGGUUUGUACAAUCACAGCACCCUGGGUGUAGCUUCUGACAAAAGUUGUUGGGCACUUUUAGGGCUGGGAUUCUUUGCUAACCACAGAAGCAAAAUAUGGCCUUUUGCGCAGUGAAACACAAAUUCGCAGCCCCCGCCCGCCCCCCACCUACCCCCUUGUACGUCAGUAAAAACAACAUAGCACAGGGGAAAAGCAACUGCUGCUCAUCAAGCGACGUGUGGAAAUAUAGCACCGGUUCAUUGGCGGCAGGUGGAAGGAAAAAAAACAGAACUGAAGUGCACUUUCUUAUUAAUGGAACACAAGGCAGGAAAUGAGCAGAGGUGGUUCUCAGAUGGGAGGGAUUAUGGAAUAUUUACUGAUGGCUUGACAAAAACCUCGUCGCGGGCACCCUGAAAAUGUUGCCUACAUUUACACGUCUUUGUUGUUAAACAAAGGAGGGGGCUGCUUUUAACCUGAGGCAGGAUGUAUUUCUGUCAUAAUUGCUUUUAAUGUGGAGCAACAUGUGCCAGAGCUGCUAAUAACAAAAAAGCAACAAAGGAUUAUUGCCCUUAAUGUGGUGUAUGAAUGUGCUGAGACGCGGUGUUUGAAGAAUCCCCUUCAUUUGCUCUUUGUUUUGCUGGGUUUUGGCGUGUGAGGCCACAAGGGGGCAGUUUCCCUCAGCUCUGCGUGCAGGACUGCGGGCCGGAGACAGACAGAAAAGGAAGAGUGAAGCCGCGUAGAUCACCUCACCACUGCUCUAACCCGGGAGUCCAUUACCCCGAUGACAUUACUCAUCCUCCGACAGCGUUGUUUAGAGUAUUACUGCCCAUCGAGCCACUUAAUGAUGUGGAAUCAUGUAAAACUAACAGUGUUUUAUUGUGUUUGCUGGAUAAAUGAAAUGGAUUUUCAGUCCGCAGACACCUGUGUUUGAUUCAUCAGCAGCUACAUGCAACAAUUUAACAUGUGUAUCGACACAAAAGACUCGGGAGAACCACCUUUGAAAUGCCUGAAAUGAGGAGGGUACAAGUGAUAUCUGCAAGGUUGCGUCUAACUAGUACUCAUUCUAAACUUCCUGAAGCUGGUGCGGUUCCUUAAGCUGCAGAUUAAGCUACUUAUUCACCUAUAUCACCAGUUUCCUCCCCUCCUGUCCGUCCCCUCUCCUCUGAUCCCGGCAUGGGCUCAAUUAAAGUGGUUUUCCUGCCCUUCAGCUCCUCGGCUGUGAGGUGCCAGCGAGAGGUCAUCAUUAUACACUUCUUAGAAAGACUUUAUUUGAUUUGACACGAUUUUAUUUUGAGGGGCCAACCUUAAAGGGUUCUCACCAUCAAGCCCUCAGCUCCUCCGCCCUCUCCGCUCUUAAUCCUGGACCAAAAAAGGGAGAAAAAUAUGUCGACUUUAUUUUCACUUGGCUGCAUGUGGCUCACGCUGGUAGUGUGUGUUAACUCUUUGUUAGGUGCUCCACUGCUUGAAGUGUAGAAAGUUAAAGGCCCAGCGAGGAAAGUAGUUCCGUUUUUAAGGGCUCCUACUUCCCUGAGUGUCGAGAUGAUCUCCUGGAGGAUUUAGCUCAGCGGUCAAAAGUAGCGGCACUUAGUGUAAUUCCAGCAAUAGCUCACCACUAGUUUCAUGUAAUGCUCUGCACAAACAUCCCCAAGUGUCGGUCUUAGCCGCGACAAACACAAUGAAUGUAUGAACCAUCUGCUUUACAUGUCAUCAGAUUUCGUACCGGAUCUCAGCAUUUGUUUUAGUGUGAGGUUUUAGCAGCUGAAUAUCCGGUGAAAUAAACACAAAUGUAUGAGUGUAUGACGAUUUUUCGGCUUCAUAUCUGGGUUUGAAAUUUGACCCCAUUCCAUUUCAAUUAUUCAUGGUGCGGUGUGCUUUAAAUUCUGGAUUGGAUUUCAAGUGGAAUGGAGCCUUUUUUUUAAUUUAAACUAAAAAUAAAAUAUUUCUUGUUUUACGCAAUACUUUUGUUACAUGAAAUGCUUGAUUACAAACAGUCCCAUAAAUGUAUAAAUAUUUCAAGAAUCCCAUCGGAGAAUGCAAAUAUGGCUGGUAUUGCAUUUGCGCAGCUAAGAGUAAUAUCUAAACGUUCACUUUCUAAGGUUCAUUUGGACUGAAUGAAGGUUUUAUUUCAACACUUCAAAUGCUGAUUUAAUGGCUUUAUGCUAAGCUACCCGUCCUGGCUGCACAUUAAUAUUUAUCCAAUGAGAUUAACAUGCGUUUCUCGAUGAGGGUGCAAAUAAACAUCCCCAAAAACUAUCCCUUGAAGUGAAAAGAACAUCCCUUCAGAAUGAAUUAUUUUUGUGCCACAUGAAAACUUAAUGCUCGGGGCGAACUCACUCCCCCAGAACAGAAACUAUUCUUGUUUCCGUUCAUUUACAUGCCUUUUGAUUUGUUUAUUUUCCGACCAUCAUGUUGAGUUUGUCGACGCUGAGAUCUUCUGUGGUUGUCAAAGCAUCUCCAUGUUAUGAUUUUCUACUAAUACCUGCCUAUCAGCACACCCACCACACAUUGUCCACUGAGAUGCACCAGAUUGCACUGGCUGACCUCGGCUUUGAUCUGCCCUCAGUAGUCAGGAGGCUUAGCGACAGUCCAUCAUGUGUGGUUGUGAAGCACCGUCCUCCCACCACGGUGAGCUGCAGGGCUUAAAACCGGAGUCUAUGUUUCAGGAUUCCACUGAAAUACAUAGAUUAUUGGUUGGAUUAAGUUGUUUUUCUCAAUAUAAAAUGUCAAAUUUAUCAGUUUGCGCCGGUGAUUUACAUACAUGCUACACAAAGUUUUAAGGUUUUAGGAGGCAAUGAAAAAUAGACAGCUACUUUUAACAUUGAAACAUGACGCAAACUAUAUAUUGUGCAGCCCUUGUACGCAGCCAUUUCUGCUUUAUCUCCACUUUUGGUGAAUGUCGAACCGACACGUGUAUUGGCCUUAUGUUUAAUGUGGGACUGUGUUUAGAGGGAACCAAGUGUAAGUAAAGAAAGAGCGACUGAGGGAGACGGCGAGCUGAAUGGGGGCCGUGUUGCUCCAGUCAAAAACAGUGCUAAUGGGAACGAAAACACAACACAGAGCAUGAAAUACAUUCGCGAACACGAGCCUGUUCAUCUCCAGUGCCAGACCUUCAGCCGUGCGUGGCGUAGCUAAUGAUUCAUCCAGUCUCGAAAGGAGCUUUGGUGGUUAUUCUGCGGUUUACAUUACUCCUAAUAUUCUCUUUUCUUGAUGAAAGAAUGCCGUGACCAAUGGAGUUAUGCGUAACAUGUUACAGACCUGAGUGCCAGCGCUGGUUUAUUAUACUUGUAUCAGGGUGCACCGACGUAAUCUCCCUCAAAGCUUAUUGAUUUGAGUUAAAAUAAUAAAGUUCCGAGAUCGAUUCAGCGGUGAGACGAGCGGUUGAGAUGGAAAAUUCUUUUAUUUUCCAGUUGAAGGUGCAAAUCUCAAGAUUUCAUUUGCAUGUAUUUUUUAUCAUCAUCACUUACAAGGUGACGUUUAUUUUACUUUAUGUUACCAACAAAGGCAACUGUUGGUCGAGCGAGUGAAGGUGAGGACGGACAGAAAGUCACAUGCAUGUUGAAAAAAAAAAAAAAAAAAAAAGGCUGUAUUUUUGCCACACAUCGCCAUCCUCCCUCACAAACGUUGCCAUCCACACUUUCUUAGGAACCAAAGUUAAACUUUUCUUUCUUUUCUCAUGAUGAAAUGUUGAUGUUGUCCCAUGUAUGUGCCUUGAGGUUUAACUUACAAUGUAAAGUCCUUGAAACCUUUAAAUGUUUUUGCACAAACUGUAAAUACUUCAGUGAAGCUUUUUUGAAAAUAAAAGAGCCAUUGAAUUUGAGCGAUGACUCUUUUUUUUUUUUAUUACUGGUCAUAAUGGUGGAUGUGCAGACACACCAGGAUUUUUGUGGCGCUUAUGCGCGGUUUUCCUUUUGAACUUUUAUAGACAACGGUUUCAUUUUACUGCCGGGGAAAUCCAUAAUACAUUUUGCUUUCCCCCCACCUCUUCUGAAGCUUUUAAUUCUGUCUGACAGUUUACCACUAGUUCAGCUUUUUCAUAUCAUGACUGUAUGAUAUCAGCAUCCUUUUUACAAGAGUGUCCACGCUGAGAGUGAAGAGAGAGUUUUUAUGCAGGGAUUAAGCACCACAUUAUUAUUUUGAUGAAUAAAAUAUGAAAUGUACACAGAGAUGUUUUCAGCUAUGAAUGCAAUCUAUUAUAAAACUCAGAUUCUGUUCAAAGAAGAUGUGUCACUUCAGAAAAAAAGAGCCAAUUUCCUACAGCAUGUCAAUUUGCUGUCCUUGUCCUC